UGAAGAGCAAAAUGAGCAGAAACUAGCUCAGAAGUUCCCAGGGGCCAUUCCCUCCGGCCCAAGUUGAGUUGGGAAGGCUGAAGGAUCCCAGAGGGGCAGAGGUCUUUCCUUUCUCUGCCCUGACAGGAGGCUGGCCUACAGGGAUUUACAAAGGGUGAGGUCUCACAAGAGUUACAAAGGCCCAGGCCCUGCCCUCACAGCAGAAACGCCAAUCUACAGCGGGAGGGAGGAAGCAGAGAGGGUUCCAAGCAGGCUUGGAAAUAAAGGUGAUCCCACCUUUCUUACUCCUUCAUUUCUGCCCAUCCUCCUACAGAGACCCAAGAGGCAGAUGGGGCUUUGAGAUCCCAGAAGGGGUAAGAACAGUCAGAGCCUCAAUAAACCUAUGAACCCCGAGUCCGAGUUCUCUCUCUCUCUAAGAAGAGGGGGCAGAGAAGCAGGCGCUCCAGUCCCUGGGUCCAAGACCGGGUCCUAGCAGAAAGGAGGCCCAACUGCGGGACCCCUCCAGGGUGUGUUAAAAACUGUUAUAGUGUUCUGGUCCCCCCGAGCAUCCCGUCCUCUUCUACUUAGGAAAUAAGACUGCCAAGGGGAAGCUGGUGGUCCCGUCCGAAGUGCCCCACAGACUACAGGAAAAGGGUUUACAUACUGUAUCACAAAGUAACCACAAUGACAUCCUAGUAACAUGUGUCGAAUCGGCAGAAGCCAUCCGGGCGCUGCUCGUGCCAUAACGCAGCCCGACCUGGCCAGCUUCGGAGCCUCGGCACACCAGAGGGGAUCCUCCCUUUGGGAAGAUUUGGAUGCAGAGACCAGGUUUGAUGUGAAGGAGACAAGUGCAAAACUGAAAAUGACUUCAUGGAAAGACUAUACUGAAAAUAGGUCUGGUCUUGAUAAACAUGAGAAAAUACAGACUGGAGAGAAGCAUUGUGAAUCCAGUCCACAUAAAAAAGCUUUGAGAAAGAAUUCCAGUGUUGCUAAAGAUGCUAAAGAUAAGAGAAUACAUACUGAAGAGAAACCACAUGAGUGUCAUGAAUGUGGAAAAGCUUUUAGUGAACACUCUUCCCUUAUUGUACAUCACAGAAUCCACACUGGAGAGAAACCUUAUGAAUGUAAUAAACCUAGAAAGACUUUAGGAGAGAGAUCUACCCUUGCAAAAGACAAGAGGAUCCAUACUGGAGAACAAUCUUACAUAUGUAAUCAAUGUGGAAAGAAUUUUCGGUGUUACUCCAAAUUUGCUGAACAUCAGAGAAUCCACACUGGGGAGAAACCUUAUGAAUGUAAUGAAUGUGGAAGGGCUUUCACACAGCACUCCAAUCUUGUGAAACAUCGGAAAAUCCAUGCUGGAGAGAAACCUUAUGAAUGUAAUGAAUGUGGAAAGGCUUUCACACAGCACUCCAAUCUUGCUAAACAUCAGAGAAUCCACACUGGAGAGAAACCUUAUGAAUGUAACGAAUGUGGAAGGGCUUUCACACAGCACUCUAAUCUUGCUAAACAUCAGAGAAUCCAUGCUGGAGAGAAACCUUAUCAAUGUAAUGAAUGUGGAAAGGCUUUCACACAGAGCUCAAAUCUUGCUAAACAUCAGAGAAUCCACACUGGAGAGAAACCUUAUGAAUGUAAUAAAUAUAGAAAAACUUUCAGAGAGAGAUCUACUCCUGAUGAACAUCAGAGAAUAUACACUGGAGAACAAUCUUAUAUAUGUGAUCAAUGUGGAAAGAAUUUUCGGUGUUACUCCAAAUUUGCUGAACAUCAGAGAAUCCACACUGGAGAGAAGCCUUAUGAAUGUAAUGAAUGUGGAAGGGCUUUCACACAGCACUCCAAUCUUGCUAAACAUCAGAGAAUCCACACUGGAGAGAAACCUUAUGAAUGUAACGAAUGUGGAAGGGCUUUCACACAGCACUCCAAUCUUGCUAAACAUCAGAGAAUCCAUGCUGGAGAGAAACCUUAUCAAUGUAAUGAAUGUGGAAAGGCUUUCACACAGAGCUCAAAUCUUGCCAAACAUCAGAGAAUCCAUGCUGGAGAGAAACCUUAUGAGUGUCAUACAUGUGGUAAAGCUUUUAGUGCAUACUGUUCCCUUAUUAAACAUCAGAGAAUCCACACUAGAGAGAAACUUAAUGAAUGUAAUAAACAUAGAAAGAAUUUUGGAGAGAGAUCUACUCUUGCUAAACAUCAGAGAAUCCACACUGGAGAACAAUCUUACAUAUGUAAUCAAUGUGGAAAGAAUGUCCGAUGUUACUCCAAAUUCGCUGAACAUCAGAGGAUCCACACUGGGGAAAAACCUUAUGAAUGUAAUGAAUGUGGAAGGGCUUUCACACAGCACUCCAAUCUUGCUAAACAUCAGAGAAUCCAUGCUGGAGAGAAACCUUAUGAAUGUGAUGAAUGUGGAAAGGCUUUCACACAGCGCUCCAAUCUUGCUAAACAUCAGAGAAUCCACACUGGAGAAAAACCUUUUGAAUGUAAUGAAUGUGGAAAGGCUUUCACACAGAGCUCCAAUCUUGCUAAACACCAGAGAAUCCAUGCUGGAGAAAAACCUUAUGAAUGUAAUGAAUGUGGAAAGGCCUUCACACAGAGCUCAAAUCUUGCUAAACAUCAGAGAGUCCAUACUGGAGAGAAACCCUGGGAUUGUGAGGAGUUUGAAAAGACUUACAGCCAGAAUGCAGGGAUGAUCCAACAUCAGAGAAUUCACACUGGAGAGAAAACUGAGGAGUCCAAGGAAUGUGGGAAGAACUUCCAGGAAAUCUCCCAUCUUACGGAAGACCAGAGAAUUCACACUGGAGAGAAACCUUAUACAUGUAAGGACUGUGGAAAGUUUUUUACCCAGUAUUCAUACCUCAUCAAUCAUGAAAGGACGCAUAAUGGAGAAAGACUUUAUGAAUGUAAGGAAUGUGGAAAGGCUUUCAACUGGAAGUCAUACCUCAUUGGACACCAGAGAAUUCACACUGGAGAGAAACCUUAUGAAUGUAAGGGAUGUGGAAAAGCCUUUAGCCAUAGCUCAGCCCUUAUUGCACACCAGAGAGUUCACACUGAAGAGAAGCCCUAUCAAUGUAAGGAAUGUGGGAAGGCCUUCAAAUGGAAGUCAGGCCUCAACCAACAUCAGAGAAUUCAUAGUGGAGAAAAACCAUAUCAAUGUAAGGAAUGUGGGAAGGCCUUCAGCCAGAGUUCAGCUCUCAUUGCUCAUCAGAGCAUUCAUUCUGAAGAGAAACUUUAUAAAUGUAAAGAAUGUGGGAAGGCCUUCAACUGGAAGUCACCUCUCAUUCAACACCAGAGAAUUCACACUGGAGAAAAACCUUAUAAAUGUGGUGAAUGUGGUAAAGCCUUCAGCCAGAACUCAGCUCUUAUUGUACACAAAAGUAUUCAUACUGGAGAGAAACCUUAUCAAUGUAAGGACUGUGGGAAGGCUUUCCACUGGAAUUCAUACCUCAUUCAACAUCAGAGAAUUCACACUGGAGAGAAACCUUAUGAAUGUAAGGAAUGUGGGAAGGCCUUUAGCCAAAGCUCAGCCCUUACUGUACACCAGAGAAUUCACACUGGAGAGAAACCUUAUCAAUGUAAGGAAUGUAAGAAGGCUUUCAGUCGGAGUUCAGCUCUUAUUGAACAUAACAAAGUUCAUACUGGAGAGAAACCUCAUAAAUGUAAGGAAUGUGGAAAGUCCUUUAAUAGGAAGUCACAUCUCAUGCGACAUCAGCAUUCUCACUGGAGAAAACCCCUAAAAGUGUAGUGAAAUAUGAGCAGAAUCAUAUGGCUUGAUGCAGAGUGAAGACAGCACAGGCAAAAUUAGAAUCUAUUUGACUACAGCAGCAUUCACAAAUAUAGCACUAAAGGCUAGCAAAACAGAUGAACAAUAAACUUUGUUGGUUCUGGGCUAUUAAAGUUACACCUUUCCUUUCUGCUAAUAAUUGACAAACUUCAAAAAUGGAAAAUGAUAUUUUGUUAGUCAAAAUUAGCCCAUUAUCCACUAUCACUUAUCUUUUGAUAGAGAAUUUGUUUUUUACCUUUUAUGAAAUGAGAGGGAAGCUUCCUGGGAAAGAACUCUCAUAUCAAAAGCAAAUAUCAGUGUAUUAAUAUUGGAAAGCUUUCAGAUGCAAUUCAUCCCUUGUUGAAGGUUAGUUCAUUAAAUGGGAAAGAUUGAUCAGUA